GGCGGGAGGGAGUACACGCUAUACGAGGGAAAGGGAUAGCGAUACGGCUGGCGGACGCGGAGCGUGAAAGCGGGGAGCGGGCAGUCGCCGGCGUCAUCGCGUUAUGAGCGGUUGUGCGAUGUCUUUCGAAGAUAUACUCGCGAAAGUCAAGGAACACCCGGAGCUGUGGCUCCCGACACACAAGUUCUACAAGUAUAAGACGCACCAAGUCAAGGCCUGGGAGCAGAUUGCGAGCGAACUCAAUCUAGAGGAAAAACUACUGAAAACAAGAUGGAAGUACCUGAAAGACCAUUACCGCAAGGAAAUGAAGAAGAUCAUGGCGAAGGACAUCGAGAGAUCACGCUGGCACUACUUCGAUCAGCUAAGCUUCCUCACAGAGGAACUACUGUCGGAAGGUAAAAGGAAAAUGUAUAGAGAACCAUCAGAGAACGAUAGCGAUCCAGAACCAUUGAAAAAAGUUAUAAAAACGCUUCCAGAACCUUCUAGCAGCACCUCAGAUCCGAGCCUUUUCAUGAUCAGCAAAUUGAACGAAAUUACGGACAAAAUAGAUAGCCAUAGCGGGAGUACUGAAGACCUAAAGAACGACCCGGAUUAUAUGUUCCUAAUGAGCGUCCUGCCAACGGUUCGAAAUUUGUCAGAUGUACAGAAGUUUGUGUUUCGAGGAAAGAUCAAUGAGUGGCUGUUGGAGGCCUUGACUCAAAACGAAUAUUCUGAGCAGUAUGAGGCGAAAUACAUUGUGGACUCAUAGCGUAAGCUUGAUGAAAUAGUCAAAAACAUCUAGUGGCUAGAUGUCCUGUGAAUAGACUGACUUGAAAGUGAGACAGGAUGAGGUUAUUUUUACGGUGUUAGUUUAUAAGGUACACAUUGGUUAUGGUGUUAAGUUUAUGGCGAUAAAGUGUACAGUUUGCGUAUAAUAUUGAAUUUAGUAUUCUAAGUUUUAAAAUGCACAUUCCUAUUCAUCGUAACACACGAUAUUUUAAUUCGUUCAUGUACAUAAUUUGUAAAUAAAGACGAUUUUGCUACGUG